AUGGCUGCGCAAUCUAAAAUCGGUUUCCUGCCACCGGAUAGAACGAUCAAGAGUAUAAUAUCUGACCUCACAUCAUUAUACCUCAAACAUCGAACAAAGAUCUCUCGGACGGUUUAUUUGACAUUAUUCUUCGCUCUUCUCAAUCGCAUACGAUCUGCCAUUUCCGAACAAAAGGCUGCAGCCAUUCGUCAUGCAGAAUCGCGAAGAAGAGGUCCGGUUGCACUGGGAAAUGGCGCGCAAGGAACUGAAAGAAAAAAGGUCGAGUUGAAUAGAGAAUUUUUCAAGAAUCUGAUCCGGCUUUUGAAGAUAUGUAUUCCCGGAUGGAGGAGUAAGGAGAUGCGAUUGCUUGUCAGUCACAGUAUCUUCCUUGUCAUCAGAACUCUGAUCAGUUUGAAAGUUGCAGCCAUGGAUGGUGCACUGGUUUCAAGUCUGGUACGAGGAAAAGGAAAAGACUUUUUGAUUGGCAUUGUAUGGUGGAUGUUGAUCGCGGUUCCUGCAACGUUCACGAAUUCUAUGCUUUCAUAUCAUCAGUGUAAACUUGCGCUUCAAUACCGAACACGAUUAACGAAUUAUAUCCACGAUAGAUACUUGUCGAAUAUGACAUUUUACUCCCUCUCUGCUCUCGAUGAUCGAAUAAAGAAUGCAGAUCAAUUAAUAACUGUGGAUGUAUCAAAAUUUGCGAAUAGUCUGGCGGAAUUAUAUGGAAAUCUCGCAAAACCAGCAUUAGAUAUGGCAAUAUACAACUAUUCUCUUUCCAAAAGUGUUGGUGGCGAGGGGCUUCUUUUUAUGUCGCUACUGGUACAACUUUCAGCAAAUGUUAUGAGAGCAUUGACUCCUCCUUUUGGCAAAUAUGUGGCAGAUGAAGCAAGAUUAGAAGGAGAAUUCCGAUUUCAACAUUCGAGAUUGAUAGAUUAUAGUGAGGAGGUCGCAUUGUAUAACGGGCACGAAGCGGAAAAGGAUACUUUGGAUAAAGGCUACUUUACACUCAUAAAACAUGUAAACUAUAUUUUGAGACGAAGGUUCACACAUGGGAUAAUGGAGGAUUUCGUUAUCAAAUACGUAUGGGGAGCUCUAGGACUUAUUCUAUGUAGUGUCCCGGUAUUUUUUAAGGUACCAGGUGCAAGUUCAGCAAGUAUGGGUGAUAGAACAGAAAGCUUCGUAACCAAUCGAAGAUUAUUACUUUCUAGUUCGGAUGCCUUCGGUCGAGUAAUGUUCUCCUACAAGGAGGUUACUGAAUUAGCCGGCUAUACCUCACGAGUUGCAACACUCUUGGAAGUUAUGGAUGAGAUCAAGGCUGGACGAUUCGUUAAAACUUUGGUAUCUGAGGACAAUUCUGGUGAACAAUUGGAAUUGAUGAGAGGAAGAGGUACUGUGAUUGAAAGUGAGGACAUUGAAUUUGUUGAUGUGCCAAUCAUCACUCCUGGUGGAAGUAUUCUCGUCCGAAAACUAUCCUUUUCCAUGAAACGUGGGGAUCACGUUCUAGUAGUCGGACCAAACGGAUGUGGUAAAUCUUCCUUAUUCCGCAUUCUGGGAGGUUUAUGGCCCGUAUAUGGCGGUAUUGUCCGCAAACCACCCCUUUCCCAAGUUUUCUACGUUCCCCAACGACCAUACCUUAGCGCCGGAUCUCUUCGGCAACAAAUCAUUUACCCUGACUCUCUUCGUACCAUGCGCAGUAAAGGUAUAACCGAUUCUGACCUUCUUGCUAUCCUCUCCAUCCUCGAUCUUGAUCACCUCGUUACAACUUUCCCCAAUGGUUGGGACGCCGAAGCUGAAUGGCGCGAUGUGUUAUCUGGAGGACUUCAACAACGUGUAGCUAUGGCUCGCCUCUUCUAUAAUCGACCAAAAUAUGCCAUUCUAGAUGAAUGCACCAGUAGCGUCACUCUAGAAAUGGAAAAAAUCAUGUACGAACAUGCGAAGGCACUAGAUAUUACAUUGAUGACGGUCAGUCAUCGUAGAAGUUUAUGGAAAUAUCAUAGAUUAGAUGCAGAGAAGAGAUUGAAAUUGGAGGAUGAAAAGGAAGAGUUGGAGGCUCAUUUGAGAGCUAUGCCGGAGGUUAGGAGGAGAUUUGAUGAACUGAUGUUAGGAAGGGGUGAGUAA